AUACAUUUAAAAUUACCAACUUUUUUGUUAUAAACUAGAUAUAUAAAGCAUUGCAGAUAUUGUUAAGGCAGAUAUUCAACAAGUCGCUUCAAACUUGGUACCAGAUACAACGUACAAGUCAAAAUGAAAUCCUUUAUUGUUUUAUCUUGUGUUUUAGUGGCAGCUAUGGCUAGUCAUUUACCAAACCUGCCUGAAAGUGACAGAAUUAAACUAGCUAAAGUACAUGCCGAUUGUCAAGCUGAUCCAAAAACCUAUGUAGAUGAAGACAAAUUAAGAAACCUUCAAAACAACAUCAAUGACCAUCAAGUAGGUGUUCAUAUGUUCUGCAUGGGUGUAAAAGCAGGAUUAUUGAAGAGAAACGGAGACCUUGAUAUUCCUGCUAUUACCAGCAAAGUUUCCUUGGUGGUUAAAGAUCAGUCUAAGGUUGAUGGACUCGUCCAAAAAUGCGCCAAAAAAUCAGACAACUCAGGAAAAACCGCCAACUUGUUGUUCGUGUGCUUCGUCCAAAACGAUAUUCAAUAUUACCAUAAUUUGUAAAUUAGAUAAUAUACUUAAUUGAGACUGUGGGUAAUUAAAUUAUACUAAAUAAAAAAAUAUGUGAACGCUAAA